GACCCGCGCACAAAGAAGCUCGCUUCUUCCAGGCGCGCGUCGUGACGUCACCGUCGCCUUCUCCAUUGGCCUCUUAUUCUGUCCCCCCUGGCGAGGGCGUGACGUUGCUCGUUACCCGGAUGAGCGCGGAGCGUUUGAAUGUUGGAAGUUGAAGCGGCGGCUGAAGUCGGGAGGGGAGACCGAGCAACGGCGGCGGGUGGCGGCUCCGUGAGGAGAAAAGACGUUGGGGAGGAUCCUCUUUUAAAAUGUCAAAAGAAGACGCCAAGGCGAUCCCUGUGAGGGUGGCUCUCCGGUGCCGCCCUCUCGUCCCCAAAGAAACGGAAGAGGGUUGCCAGAUGUGUUUGUCUUUUGUCCGUGGACAACCUCAGGUAAUUUUGGGUAACGACAAACCUUUUACCUACGACUAUGUGUUUGACCCUUUUGCUGAGCAAGAGGAAGUAUUCAACACGUGCAUUGCUCCCCUUGUAAAAGGCAUUUUUAAAGGUUACAAUUCCACAGUUCUGGCCUAUGGGCAGACGGGGUCUGGGAAGACCUAUUCCAUGGGUGGGGCCUACACAGCAGACCAAGGGAAUGACCCCACUGUGGGAGCCAUCCCCCGCGUGAUCAAACUGCUCUUUGGCGAAAUGGAAGCGAGGGUGGACUGGCAGUUUUCCCUGAAAGUCUCCUAUUUAGAGGUCUACAACGAAGACAUCUUGGACCUCUUGGCCCCGCCCAGAGAACGUUCAGCUCAGAUCAGCAUACGUGAAGACCCCAAGGAAGGCAUAAAGAUUGUGGGAUUGACCGAACACGUGGUGACCGGUGCUAAAGAGACGGUCAUCUGCCUGGAACAGGGGAACAAUUCUCGGACGGUGGCUGCCACAGCAAUGAACACGCAGUCGUCCAGGUCCCACGCGAUCUUCACCAUUUUAAUUGAACAGAAAAGCAAGAAGGACGUGAACCUCAGCUUCCAUUCCAAGCUGCACCUCGUGGACUUGGCCGGUUCCGAAAGGCAGAAGAAGACCAAAGCAGAAGGAGAACGGCUGAAAGAAGGAAUUAAUAUCAACAGAGGACUCCUCUCCCUGGGAAACGUCAUCAGCGCUCUUGGGGAUGAAUCCAAGCGAGGGCACCACAUCCCUUACAGGGACUCGAAGCUCACACGCCUCUUGCAAGAUUCCUUGGGGGGCAACAGCCACACUCUGAUGAUCGCCUGCGUGAGCCCGGCGGAUUCCAACAUGGAAGAGACACUGAACACUCUCCGCUACGCCGACAGGGCCAGGAAGAUAAAGAACAAGCCUAUAGUGAACGUGGACCCCAAGGCAGCAGAGAACAACCAGCUAAGACUGCAGGUUCAACAGCUCCAGGUCUUACUCCUGCAGGCUCAUGGUGGAACAUUACCAGUGUCUAUUGGCGGAGAGCCCUCAGAAAACCUGCAGUCCCUGAUGGAGAAAAACCAGGCCCUGGCGGAGGAGAACGAGAAACUGAGCCGUGGCCUGAGCGAGGCCUCUGGUCAGAUCGCCCAGAUGCUCGAGAGGAUAAUCAUGACGGAGCAGCAGAACGAGAAGACCAGUGCUAAGAUGGAGGAGCUCCGGCAGCACGAAGCGCUGAACCUGGAUCUACAGAAAACACUCGAGACGCUGGAGGACAAUGAGCUAAAACAUCAAGUGAAGUCGUUCUGCAGCCUGCAGCAAGCAAUUGCCCGGCUACAGAACGAAAGUCCUCCUUGCGUUGACGAAAUGGACACAUCUGAACAAGGUUCCGAGUCUGUGAGUAAAAGCUGAGUUCGAUGUAUCAAUAGAUACGGAUAACCUUUAAUGGCAUAAGUUACAGAAAUUAAAAUAGAAUACAAACAUUUAAAAAUAAAGUGCAAAACA